AUGCGAGGAUUUGAUGUGGUUCGAAAGGUAUAUAAAAAGGCGAUCAGUUCCGUUGCACUCAAUGAUCCGGAAACGCUGGCGGCAGCUUGGAUGCGUUUUGAACGAUGUAAUGGCUCACUGGAGCAGUUGACCGCAUGUCAAGAGAUUUGCACAGCCACGGUGCAGGCUUACUACAGGACAUUGAACCAGCAGCGAACCCCGAAGGGACGUCGUUCGGAUCCGAAAAAAGAGUUAGAACCAAAGGAACCGAACAAGAAGAAACCUCUUAAGAGACCCAUCGACGAAAGUAAUUCGAGCGAAAGUAACGAAGAUCACUUUAAAAAACCAAUUGUUCCGAUAGGGCCACUGCCUCGCAAAAAAUCUGAUUCCUCGAUUGAGGAAAAUACCAAACGGAUUCGUUUGGAGGCACCAGUAGUGAUCAAAGAAAAGGAUACUGCCAACAACAGCAGGCGAUUAUUGUUUUUCAGUAAUCUCAGUUUUGAUGCCACGGAGGAUCAGAUUCGGGCCAACUUUCCGGAGUUGCAGUUUAAAUCGAUAGAACUAGUACAGGGUUCUAGUGGUAAGAGUUGUCGCUUCGGUUACGUUGAAUUCGAAGACGAACAGGACGUUCAAAAGGCUCUCAGCUUCGAUCGGCGCCUACUUGAUGGCCGUCCCUUCUCGGAAAGAUUCGAACCCAACAAACUGUUCAUCAAGAGGCUCUCUUUCGAGGCGGGAAACGAAGACGUUCGCAAGCUGUUCGAACCGUACGGUAAGCUCCGCGAUGUACAAGUUGUGUACUAUCGCAGUGGCAAAUCGAAAGGAUUAGCUUAUGUGGAGUAUGAAAGUGAGGCGGCCGCCAAAAAUGCUGUCCUCAAUAUGGAUCAGUAUGAAAUGAACGGAUUCACGUUGACUGUGGCUCUCUCUGCUCCUCCACCCAGGGGCAAUCCCACGGAGAGAAGCGGAUCCGAGACUACAGUUGCUGGUAGCAGCCUGGGCGGAGGAAAGAGACACGCGGUUAAAGGAGACGUCAAGCAGAAACUGUCGAUCAUGAUUCCAACUGCCCUUUUGAGGAAGGCAACACCUACAAAUCCGCAAGCCGGUACAAGUUCCCACGGCAACAAGCCAAAAUCUAUCGAAGAUUUCCGGAAACUACUACUGAAGUAG